AUGCCUCGAGAAACAUACCCUCUCACACCCCCCAAAACCCCAAUAGCACUAUGCCCGAACAACCUCCUCUCCCCACCCUCAGACCGCCUAACCAACACCCCAACAACCCUCUCCAUAGCUCGCGACACCCCAGGCCACACUUUCACCGUCCACCUCGUCCGCGCGCACGAACCCCUUGAUAAUCCAGACCGGUACACAUUGCUCUUCACCGUAUCUGGGAAGCCAUGGCCGCAUACGCAACACCGUCAGAUAUGUGAUGCGGGCGGGUUGCCGGUUCUUGAGCUUAGGCGUGUUUGGAUUGGAUCUAGGAGGUGGGCUGUUCGGUGUCCUGGGGGGAGAGUGGAUUUGCUUGAGGCUUCUAUGCCUUGGUCUAAAGGGCGAAGUGGAAGUGUUGGGUUUAGGCUUGAUGUGAGGUUUUGGAAUGUGCUUGGGGCUGGGGAUUCUGAUACAGGGUCAGGAGUACAUGUAUCUGAUCCUGUGUCUAACUUGGAUUCUGGGUCUCUGGGCUUGGGGGAUGAGCCGCCGCCUUAUGCUUCUGUUGCUGGCGAUAUAGAAGACGAAGAUGACGAUGAGAAUGCAGAAGAAGAGAACACCGUUUGGGCCGAGAAGCAAGACCCAUUUCCUAACUCGGAAUAUGAUCUAGGUGCAGAACAAACACCAGGAAUUCGAAGUGACCACGACUCGCCUUCUAUCCUCCCAUCUUACGCCUCCGUCCGCAGGAACUCGUCAAAUUCUAUACGAGAUCUCCUUGAUGCUAUAGAACCACCCAAUGAGCCAGCCCCAGCCCCCUCGUCUUCAUCUUCAUUACAGAUUCCAAGUUCACUUUCUGCUGGCACUCCAACCGGCUCAAAAGUCGAUCUAAAGGUGAUACAGCUCACUGCAUCCGGGAUAGGCGUGAUGAUGGGAGAUCAAAAGAUCAUCCAUAUAGCGAGACAUGAUGUUAUGGACUACUGCACGUCUAGACUAAAGCCGAAGUGGGAUAUUGAGGUAGCGAAGGGAGUGGAUUUACUGCUGGCAGUGAAUAUCGUACUUAUCAUGGCGACAUCGGUAUAGGCUUCGGAUUAAUCAAAGCUUGUAG